AGUCCUAGAAACACUCCCACAUCUAAAAAUGAAGCUCACUUCCCUCUUACUCGUGCUUGUGGCGGUGGCAACUGCGGCAGCCAGUUCCAUCUAUGGCUAUGGUUCCCAUAAUACUGGUUAUGGUUCUGACUAUGGUAACGUGGGUUAUAGUUAUGGUUACGGUCGGCCCCAGAUCAGCAGCAUCGUCAGGCUCCAUCCUGCACGCAUCCACGUGUCUCCCUUCCACAUCACACGUGGCAACCUGGCGCCUUCCUAUGUCCACAAUGUGCGUCUCGUGCGCCCCGCGGCAGUCGUGGUGAACCAUGGUUACGGUUACGGUCAAGGUUACGGUUAUGGAGGUAAUGCAGGCUACGGCUACUAAAGCUGCUCAAUAAAAGCUUUGUCAACUAAAAGACUUAUAAAAAUCCUCAAUAAGAUCCUUCAUUACGAAUAUCAUUUGACACAUUGUUCUAUACGAGUAUUUAUGUAUCACUGAUGAAUAAAGAAAAAAUAUUUUA